UCUUAAUCCCGUUCCGAUGCCUACUGACUCGCAAAUGGGGACGUGGAAAGCUCCGUAGUUGGGGGUUGCAGGUCCUUGGGCCAGGGGUGACUAGAUUCUAAGGGGGAGUCGUGUGCUUUCUGAGGCUUUCCACAGGGCUGGGUGUGUGCUGGGAGGAGGACGUGCGUCCCUCCUGCUGCACGGUUUGUGCGCGUGCGGGAGAGCCCGCCUGCCAGGCGAGGAAAGUCGGGGUUGCAGCCCCAGCCCCGAGGCCGGGCCCCCGCCGGAGCCCAGGGCCGGCGAGUGCUGUGUCGGGUUUACCUCGAGCCGGAACCGACCUGGAGCUGCUCGGCCAGGGCAGCAGGGGCAGCGGAAGCCGGGCUACCCCGGAGUGGCAGGGCCUGUAAGAGACGCCGACCGGCCCGUCGCUUUGUGCGGAUGAGGAGACGGGAGUUUCCCGGGCCUCGGGGUGGGGGGGGGGCUGGCCACGAAGCCGGAGACUGGAGCCCAGUCUCCGAAAACCAGGCCGGUUCUCUUCCAGCAUGGUCUCAACGGCUCUGUCCGGGGUGAUGGGUAGUAUGUGUGCUGUGUAAAGACAAUAUUUAAACCCCACAUUUCCCACGCAGUCCUGACCACAGCGUGCUAACCCAGCUCCAGGGCAGCAGACGACAAAAAAGCCCCACUGUCCCGAAACGCGCGGCUUUAACCCCUGGGUUAAAUGGUCCCCUAGCUAGCUCUGCCUCGCAUUAUAAAUUCAGUUAGACUUAGUGCGUAUGCAAUGUAGGCUCAUUACAAAUCCAGCGCGCUUCCAGGCUUUGAGUGCACGAUACAAACAGCCCCAGCCUUCCAGGGCCCACAGCCUGACUAAAGGUUUGGAUAAGUAGCCUGACGGUGAGAAAGGAAACUGCUAUCAUGCCAGAGGCAGCCCUUGCCAGCUGGGGUUAGAGAUAGGUGACUCUACUCAUCCCUUCUCCAGACACCCAGAGAAGUGUCCAAGCGGACCCCCACUCUUGCUGUGUGGAGGCAACCAGCAAAUGAGGGGCUGGCUGCAGAGUUGGAUGGAGUUAGGCAGCCUCAGGAGUGGAGGUGCUUGGCUCAGCUCCGAAGGUGCCAGGUGACGGGAGGGUGGGCAUCUCCGGGACUUUGGGGAGCCCCUGAGGCAGCUGGCGAGCUGGGACAAGGAUGUAGCCGAAGAGCAGGGAGCAGCGGCGGGAGACAGAUAAAGCAUGAGUCCCAAGGGCCCUCACCAGCUGCAGGCAGGCAAUCAGGAGCCCAGCGCUGGAGACCCCACCCCGCUGUGACAUCACUGCGGGGGGGUGGAGACUAAUAAAAAGGGGGUCCCCCGCCCUGGCCUCGUACUCUUGGCAGGCUGAGUGUCAAGAGCAGAGCGAGCCUGGCACUGGGCUGGGGUGCCUGGCCGACCCUCCAGACUCCCGUCCGUGUCCCCAUCCCUCCCGAGGCUGCUGUCGGGCCCCUCCGGGUGUCCCCAGCCCUGUGGCAGCAUGAACUGCAUCUCAGACUUCUUCACCUACGAGACCACCAAGUCGGUGGUGGUGAAGAGCUGGACCAUCGGGGUCAUCAACCGGGCCGUCCAGCUUCUGAUCAUCUCGUACUUCGUGGGGUGGGUUUUCCUGCACGAGAAGGCGUACCAAGUGCGCGACACAGCCAUCGAGUCCUCGGUAGUGACCAAGGUGAAGGGGUUCGGCCACUAUGCCAACCGAGUCAUGGACGUGUCCGACUACGUCACCCCACCCCAGGGCACCUCUGUCUUCGUCAUCAUCACCAAGAUGAUCGUCACUGAGAACCAGAUGCAGGGCUUCUGCCCAGAGAGUGAAGAGAAGUUCCACUGCGCGACUGACAGCCAGUGCCGGCCGGGGCGCUUCGCCAGUGGGGGCAUCCUCACCGGCCGCUGCGUGAACCUCAGCUCCGAGCUGCGCUCCUGCGAGGUCCGGGGCUGGUGCCCCACAGAGGUGGACACGGUGGAGAGGCCCGUCAUGAUGGAAGCCGAGAACUUCACCAUCUUCAUCAAGAACAGCAUCCGGUUCCCGCUCUUCAACUUCGAGAAAGGCAACCUCCCGCCCGACCUGACUGCCAGCGACAUGAAGACCUGCCGCUUCCACCCCGACAGGGCCCCGUUCUGCCCCAUCCUGCGUGUGGGGGACGUGGUCAGGUUUGCGGGGCAGGAUUUCGCCAAGCUGGCUAGCACGGGCGGAGUUCUGGGCAUUAAGAUCGGCUGGGUGUGCGACCUGGACAAGGCCGAGGAGCAGUGCAUCCCUAAGUACUCCUUCACCCGGCUGGACGGGGUCUCCGAGAAGAACAGCGUCUCCCCCGGAUACAACUUCAGGUUCGCCAAGUACUACAAGAUGGAGAAUGGCAGCGAGUACCGCACGCUCAUGAAGGCCUUCGGCAUCCGCUUCGACGUGCUGGUGUACGGUAACGCCGGCAAGUUCAACAUCAUCCCCACCAUCAUCAGCUCCGUGGCCGCCUUCACCUCCGUGGGAGUGGGCACCGUGCUCUGCGACAUCAUCCUGCUCAACUUCCUCAAGGGCGCGGACCAGUACAAGGCCAGGAAGUUUGAGGAGGUGAAUGAGUCCACGCUGAGGGGCCCCAGCCCCACGCACCCCCUGGACCAGGCCACCGAGGAGAAGCAGUCCACAGACUCCGGCGCCUACUCC